GUGUCGUUUAUAUGACUAUACUAUUGAAUACAUUAGGUAAUUUGAUAUGAGAAGUCUGCAAUCUUUAAAAUGAGAUUGGUGUUAUCUGUAAAGACUAUUAAUUUGAUAUGUGAGUUGCUGCGGAAUAAAUAUGAAAUGCUGUUAUGCAGGCAAUUUGCUCAACGUUCACGGGUUCGGAAACUUCAAUAUAUAGCUGAACUGGAAAGGAAUGUGCAAGCUUUACAGGCAGAAGGAUCUGAAUUUUCUGCUGAGCUUGAAUUUCUCAACCAGCAGAAUCUUAUUCUGACCAUGGAGAACAAAGCCUUGAAGCAACGUUUAGAAAGUUUAGCCCAGGAGCAGCUGAUAAAGUAUUUGGAGCAUGAAGUAUUGGAAAGAGAAAUUGGAAGGCUGGGAGCCUUGUGUCAGCAACAACAACAACCGUCUUCUAGUCAUAGACGCAACAAUAGUAGAGACCUUGAUUCGCAAUUCGCAAACCUCUCUUUGAAGCACAGGGAUUCCAGUUCUGGCCGUGACCCACUUCACAUUUGAACAUAUGAUGUAGCUAGAGAGCUGUGACCUACCUUGACUUGACAAAAAUUGCUGUCUCCCUUGUGCCGGUGAUGUUUGACCCGAGCUCUUUCACUCUUGGUACCUUUCAUCUAGCAGCUUUACUUGUUUUACAUUUUGACUUUUGUUUCUGCUUUUCAUUCUCUACUUGUAUUUGCUCAUUUAAUUUAAUAUGUGCACCUGGUAGUCAUGCCACGAGCUUGACUCAUCUGAGGUGGAAACUGAAAAGAAUGAUCAAUGUUCUUCUCCACUGUAUGUUCUACUGAUUAAAAUUCAUAACUUUCCGUUCAAAAUUUGCCCCCUUGCAAAUUUAUUGUCUCUUGGAAUCCAAUAUAGUGCACAAAUUUGUGGGGGAAUUACUUGUAAUGCAUGCUGACAAGAAUUGUUGUAAAAUUUGUAAUAAAAGCUAUGCUUUCUCCAGGAA